CCAAAAAUGGCCGCUAGGAUUGUGAACGGAGUGAUACACUCAACUUUCGCGGACUUCGACGUUGGAAAUAUCUACGCUUCCCAACUUAUAGAAGAGCGAUUGAUGAAAUUAUCGUCGAAGAUAAUUAUUGUUGACACCCAUCAAAGCUUGACCGCCUAUCAGCUGUUAGAAAAGAUACGCAAAUACGCUGUAGGUUACCAUGAGCACGGUGUAAAACCGGGCUCCAGGGUGUGUGCGUAUAUUGGCAACGCAGUUGAAGCAGUAGCGGCAGCCUUUGGGGUUGUAUUCGCGGGCGGUACGCUUGUCAUGGCAAAGACGACCUACGUUGCAAGGGCACUAGUGUACACAAUUGAAGACAGCCAGUGCACUUUCCUACUAACUGACCAAGAAAGCGCAUCAAAUGCUGCAAAGGUGGUGAUGCCAUCAAGCAUUAAGGCAUUCUUCUGUGUGGGAAGUGCGCCUGGUUUUAUCAAUGUUCUCCAGUUUCAAGAACUUUCAGAUACCUCAUUCAUGCCCCACCGAACUACUGACAACGGAGAAGAGGUUGUGGCAAUUCUGUACACGUCAGGAUCAACGGGUCUUCCGAAGGGCGUGGAAAUAUCGCACAAGGCGUACUGUACCGCGUUUCACACCUUCAGGUCUGCUGUCGCUUGCACUGAAGAGGACGUUUUCCUUUGCUGGAAUCCUUUCACCCAUGGGGCGGGUUUUGCGGUAGCCAUGUUUUGCAUGUUUCUAGGAGCAAAAUUAGUCAUAACCGAUCCUUUGAUUCCGUUCAAAGCUUUCCUGGAGGUUCUCAAGACCCAUAAGGUGUCUCUUUUUAUUGGCAUUGCGGGUUGGAUGCAGUAUAUUGCCAAAGAAGUCAGAAGAAACAACGCUGGUGUGCCUCGUGUAAAAAAAAUAAUGAUGGGUGGUUCAGUGAUCCCGACAUCGCUUGCACGGGAGAUUUGUGAAAUCUUCGACGUAGAAUCGCUCCUCAAUAUCUACGCCAUGACUGAAACGUUUGGCAUAGUGUGCAGCUCACCUGUUGGACAAAUUACCUCCGACAACAGUGGAGUUCCUCUUGCCGGUAUAAAAAUCAAGGUUAUAGACAUAACCAGCGGAGAAUCUCUCGGCCCGUUUUGUAAUGGCGAGAUUCUGGUUCACACCCGAGGGGUCAUGAAGGGCUACUUUGGCCGUCCCGAAGCUACUGCUGAAGCCUUGAGCAAUGACGGAUGGUUGCGCACAGGAGAUUUAGGUUACUAUGACGCUGAAGGUCGGAUCCAUGUUACUGAGAGAUUGAAAGAGAUGAUAAAAUGCAUGGAUAAUGUCGUCACCCCUGCUGAGCUGGAAGAAAUUUUAACCACCCACGAGGCUGUCGCAGAUGCCGUAGUUGUGGGAGUUCCAAGCUUGACGUAUGGCGAGGCUCCAACAGCCUGUGUCGUUGUCAAAGACGGUUUCGAGAAAAACCUUGAGAGUCUGGCGAUAGAACUUAAGGAACUCAUUGCUGGUCAAGCAGCGGUCUUCAAGCAGCUGUAUGGAGGUGUUUUCUUUAUGAAAUCUCUUCCCAAAUCCGAAAACGGCAAGAUCCUGAGACAAGACCUGAAAACAAAGGUUGCCCAUGAAAUUGAAAAGUUGAAAAAAUAGUUGAGCUUCUCAGACACCACAAGUUACGCGAAAACCAGCAUAUAACCUGAGAUAAACGUGUUUCUGUA